CUGAUUUGACAUCGUCAUUUUUAAACUUUAAACAACUGUUAACUAUGGUAAACAUUAAAUCAGGAUCAUUUAAGCCACCAACAUCGCCAAAAAUAUCGGCGCGCGAACACUAAACACUAUAAUUUGAGAAUCUGUAAGAACAACUUUUAGUGAAAUUUGUAAGUGGUGAUUCUGGUAAAUAGUAUGGGAAGGUGCGUAAUUGAUGGAUGUCGAAGCAACUCUAGAAAUAAUGAAGGAGUGUCGUUUCACAGAUUUCCUACAGACAUAACAAAAAGAGAAAAGUGGUUGCAGAGCUUGAAUCUUAAAGAUUGGGUUCCGCCAUUAAGUGCUAGAAUUUGUAGCAAACAUUUCAACAGAAAAUAUUUUUAUACAACUGAUUCAAGGAUAAAAUUAUUGCAUAAAGCUAUACCCACUCUGGCACCACAGAUACCCAUUAAUUUACCUCAGAAGAUGGUGAGUAGUUAUAUUGUAGAUAAUUAUUGA